AUUAUUUGUUCCGCCCCCUGGUUGCGCAUGCGCAGAAUAAUGUAAAGUUAAGCGUUAUUUAACCUUAAAAAAAACACAGAAACUGUGAAGAAACCUGUACCUAUCAGCUUAAGUCCGAGCAACAGAGCCUGUCCGAGCAUGCUACAGAGACUCGCUGGGUCCCUGCUGCGGCCCGCUGCUGCUCCCGUCGCCGCCGCGGUACGAUGCGUCUCCUCGGGUUCAGUAGGCAUCACGGCCCCGCUAAACUUCUGGGCUGGGAAGAGACGGACGAGCCAAGAGAAAUGCAACAAGGAAAAUGUUUACGAACCUGCAACGGGUCGAGUCUUGUGUCAUUUGGAGCCGUGUGGUGCUGUGGAGGUGGAUCAGGCUGUGGCGGCUGCAAAGUCGGCCUUUGGCCAUUGGAGUAAAAUGUCUGGGAUGGAAAGAGCAAGGAUCAUGAUUGAAGCUGCCCAUAUCAUUGAGAGCAGGAGAGAGGAGAUAGCUGAAAUGGAGGUGGUCAACAAUGGGAAGUCCAUCACAGAGGCCCGUCUGGAUGUGGACUCUGCCAGACUGUGUAUAGAGUACUAUGCAGGGCUGGCCAGCACUCUGGCAGGCCAGCAUGUUCAGCUGCCUGGCGGGUCCUUUGCCUACACCCGCAGGGAGCCUCUGGGAGUCUGUGUCGGUAUCGGCGCUUGGAAUUAUCCUUUUCAGAUAGCUGCCUGGAAAUCAGCUCCAGCCCUGGCAUGUGGCAACUCCAUGGUGUUCAAGCCAUCACCAGUGACGCCUGUGACGGCGGUGAUGCUGGCAGAGCUGUAUGCCGAGGCUGGAGCUCCAGAGGGGCUGCUUAACGUGGUGCAGGGCGGCCAGGAGACUGGCAGCUUACUCUGCUACCACCCGGAUGUCGCUAAGGUGUCCUUCACCGGGAGUGUUCCAACGGGCAAGAAGAUUAUGGAGAUGGCAUCCCAGGGGGUAAAACCUGUGACUCUGGAGCUCGGCGGGAAAUCUCCUCUGAUCAUCUUUGAGGACAGCGAUGUGGAGAACGCUGUGAGGGGAGCUCUCAUGGCCAACUUCCUGUCUCAAGGCCAGGUGUGCAGCAACGGUACAAGGGUGUUUGUUCAGAGGGAUAUUCUGCCUGAGUUUAUUGAGGAGGUGGUGAUCAGGACGCAGGCAAUCAAGAUAGGAGAUCCACUGUUGGAGAGCACCCGAAUGGGAGCACUGGUGAGCCGACCACACCUGGAAAAAGUCCUGUCCUUUGUUGAUCAGGCAAAGAAAGAGGGAGCUACAGUUUUGUGCGGGGGUGAACCUUUUGUUCCAUCGGAUCCCAAACUCAGAGGUGGAUACUACAUGACUCCAUGUGUACUGGGCAACUGCACAGAUGAGAUGACCUGUGUGAAGGAAGAGAUUUUUGGUCCUGUCAUGUCUGUGUUGUCUUUUGAAACAGAAGAGGAGGUGCUGCAGAGAGCCAAUGACACCACUCUGGGUUUGGCUGCAGGGGUUUUCACCAGGGAUGUGAAGAGAGCCCACCGCAUGGUGGAACACCUCAAGGCCGGUUCCUGUUUCAUCAACAACUACAACAUCACUCCUGUGGAGGUGCCGUUUGGAGGCUUCAAGAUGUCAGGCAUCGGGCGGGAGAACGGCCAGGUGACGAUUGAAUACUACUCCCAGCUGAAGACUGUGUUUGUGGAGAUGGGGGAUGUGGACAGUUUAUUCUAACACACACACACACACACACACACACACACACACACACACACACACACACACACGACAAGAAACAAGCGACGAAGAAGGGAGUCUGUCCUAAAUAUGAGCCAUGAUAUUUUUUAAAUAUUUUCUGAAUGUGAGGUAAAAGUAGGACAGCUGAUGGAUCAAAUCAAAGAUCUUAACCUUGAUCGAUUUCGCCUACUAACACAUGUACGAGUCGCACAUUGUGAUACAUGAUUUGCACUGUAUGUUUUCUUGCUCACUACAUUCUGUCAUCCAAGUACAGAAAAACAUUUUUACAGUGUUGUUUACAAGUCAAGCUUUAUUUCUUGAAGAUUACAUAUCAGUAUAUUUUUAUACAUGCAAAAUGGCAAAAAAAAAUGAAGCACUUUGAACAUCGUAUUGAUUUAAACACUUUUUGUACAAUCUUGUCUAAAUGUGAACUGCGAUGGUAACAUCCUGCCUCGUGGGUGGAGAUAAUCAUUUAAGGAACCUGUUUAACACAUUUUGCUUAUCAAAUAGACACUAACACAACAGUAAACAGAGUUUAACAUUUCAAUAAAAUGAAGGAAUCGCCCAUGUUUUUGCUUA